AUGGGAUUCCGUUUGAAAGGAGCUGUGCCAGCUGCGCUUGGGUUCUUGGGCGCUCAAGCUACCCCCAACUGGCACGGAUGCGUUGACCAUAAGGCUGCAAGCCUUCCAUACUGUGACACCACUCUUUCGGUGGAAAAGCGAUUGGAUGAUCUCAUGUCUCGCCUCAGCCUGGAAGAGAAGAUCCAACAAAUCACCCCUGAUGCUUCGCUCGGAGGCACCUGCACAACCUUCACUACGGGAAAGGCAGAGAUUGGUUUGCCCCCGUGGCUGUGGUUGGUUGAAACAAAUACAGGUGUUGAUGCCGCCUGCCCAGCGGAGAACCAUUGCGUCACCAAUUUCAUGGGACCCAUGGGGAUGGCCGCGUCCUUCAAUCGCACAUCGUGGCACCUCAAAGGAUAUGUGAUGGGAACCGAGCAGCGGGCAUUGUCGAAUAUCGGAGCCUCCCGAUUUCACCCGGACCACAAGAAUCCAGUUUGCUUGACAGCCUUUGGACCGAACAUCAAUAUCGUGCGAGACCCUCGCUUUGGGCGCAAUUCUGAACUUGCAAGCGAGGAUCCCUUUCUCAGUGGCACUUAUGCAGUCCACAUGGUUUCUGGAAUGCAACAGCGCGAUGAGAACGGGUAUAAGAAGACAGCGGCAUACCUCAAACACUACACAGCAUAUUCGACAGAGGCAAACAGGGGCCAUGAUACGUACAACAUCUCCACCUAUGACUUCUUUGACACAUACUUAGCACAAUACAAACUGGCCUUUUCUGCCCAGCCGACAGGCGUGAUGUGUUCCUACAAUGCAGAGAAUGGGCGCCCAUCUUGUGCCAAUGACUUUAUCCUCAAUGAGCUUAGGAGCUGGAAUCCAGAUGCGCACGUCACAACAGACUGCGGAGCGGUGGGAAAUUUGAAAGGUCCUCCGGUAAAUGCACCAGAUGACGUGCAUGCUGCAGCAAUGGCUUUGAUGAAUGGAACUGACCUUGAGAUGGGAGACACAUUCUUCACAUCACUGUCCAAAGCCAUUGAUUUGGGCCUGGCAACGAAGGAAAGACUUGAAGAGGCCGUGCGGCGAUCAUUCAAAGUGCACUUCGAGGUUGGAAGAUUCGAUCCAGCCAAUGCAACCGCCUGGGCGCAGUAUGGUUUGUCGGAAGUGAACCAUACCUUUCACCAGAAGAUUUCAUACGAAGCUGCAUUGCAAGGCUUGGUUUUGUUAAAGAACAAUGGGGUCUUGCCGAUCGGUGAUGGCGCCAAUAUUGCUGUUGUGGGGCCACACUCAGUUUCACGCAGUGGAUUAUUCUCAGACUAUGCAGCAGGUAGUCACUGCUUUGAUGGUACUGAUGCUUGUGUACCCACCAUUGCAGAGGGAAUUGCAGCAGCAAGUCACGGAAAGGUCAUCAGCGCGAUGGGGGUUGAGAUUAAUAGUACGAAGACUGAUGCAAUCCCAGCGGCUCUAGAUGCCGUGCGUAAAUCGGAGCUUGUAGUUUUGGCUUUGGGCGAUGACAAGAGUAUUGAAACCGAAGGGAAGGACCGAGUUGAUACAGCACUUCCUGGCUUGCAGGAGGUCUUCGCAAAGAAGGUCCUCGCUGAGGGCAAGCCCACUGUGAUCGUUCUUGUGAGUGGUGGGCCCAUGGCCAUAGAUGCCUUGCUUGAAACCGCUACAGAUGCUCCAGCCGCUGUCGUCCAGGCCUUUUACCCAAGCCACAAAGGUGCCCAGGCACUAGGAAUGGCCUUGAUGGGUAAGGAAAACCGCUGGGGCAAGUUGCCUAUCACCAUGUACCCGCACAGCUAUAUCGCAGAACAGCCCAUGACCAACUAUGACAUGUCAGCCACCCCAGGUCGAACGUACAAGUACUACCAGGGCGAACCGCUUUUCCACUUUGGAUAUGGUCUUUCCUUAACUACUUUCCAGUUGAAUUGCUUUAAGGCUAAGGUACCUCAGACAGGACGAUUUCUUUUCAAGUGUCAGCUACGCAACACAGGGAAGUUGGAUGGAGAAGAAGUGGUGCAGCUCUACCAUUCAGCGGUUGAUAUAGGCAAGGUUGAUCAUCCGCUGCCCAAGCGCGCACUUCGAGAUUUCAAGCGUAUUGCAGUUCCUGCUGGCAAAACUGUGGAUGUGGACUUUACUGGCACCUUGGAUGUCCUUGGACUCAUCAACAAGCAAGGCCAGGAACAGAUUUAUCCAGGAGAGCAUGCUAUCAUUCUAUCUCGGGGGCAUGUCGAAGAUGAGCAGAAGUUCGUGAUCAACGUUCAAGGUGAGGAGAGGAUCAUCAUUUAG